GAAGAAAAUUCCCAACUCUGUAAGGGACCUACUGUAGUGAGGCACGCGCCGUGUGGCCAUGUGGUGGGGGAAAAUGGAACGGAAGUUGGAGCCAGCGGUAGAAGGCGCGAGAAAGGUUUCAUUUCAUUACACGAAAUUCAGCAAUCUCCAUUGAUCAGGACCAUUGAUUUAACGAAGAUGAAGUUCCAUAUUGGUGCUCCUCUCCUCACUCUAGCGAUUUUCUUCAAUUUCAUAGAAUUAAGUUCACAGUACAAUAAAGAUCUUACGAAGGACGAUAUGACUAUUCCAGAUUACCUGGACAUUUUUUACACUAUGACCGAUAAUUUAGAUGUAGUGGCAUAUGAUGGUCACAAUGCAGUAGUUUACGGGCUAAUACACACUGCUGAUGGACAAUUUGCUGAUGAUAGACUGGUUUGCGCAUUAGAAAAAGAUAAUGACCGAUAUUGGGCGCGUAAAUUAAUGGUCGAUGGCCGCCAAGUUACGGUGGAUGCGGCCAAUUAUUAUUAUUGGACUGACGAUGACACAAGCUUAUAUCAAAUCGAAUUUGACAAAGUGAUUUCGUAAAAGAAUAUUUGACAUUUCUGACUGCACAUCUGUUUUUAUGUCGACACUCGUCCUCGCUCAAGGAGAAACCAUGGAAAGAAUUUUCGCACAACAGCAGCGCCACCUACUGUACAGCAGUUGGGCGUCGGCUUGGUACAGUUGUUAUACCUAUUUUGGCGUAUCGGACGACCCAAACUAGUUCUCCCAAAUAGAGCCUGUGGUAUUGAUGCGCAUGCGUGGAUAAACGUUUUCUAUUGGCUCUGUUUGACGCAUGCGCAGUGGUGAACCGGGCCAUCUUUGGUGGCACUUAGCUAAACGGCGCAGCAUGUAUACAAAACGAAGGAUUAACAACUGCCCCAACGAUUAUCACAACUGGUGAGCUAGUAGAUACUUACAAACUCUGUCGAGAAUUUCUUUUCUUGCCCUAAGUUCUUAAUUUUUUGAUUAAAUAAUAACAUUCGGACAUUAUUUUGACUUAGUAUCCUUGUAAAUUACUUUUCUAUUCUUAAGUUAAAAAUAUUCUCUAAUUCGCUGUGUAGUGCGCAAUGAAUUUUUGAAGUAAGUUUUCUCUCUACUAAACACAUUUAAAAUCAGACAAUAAAAAUAAUUUCAUUAAAAAAUAAAAAUCUAUAGAUUAAACCUUAGUUCUAAAUAAUUAUAAAAAGGGGCAGAAUUUUGCUCUAGAAAUCCAUUGCACACAACGCAUGGAACUUUUUUAAAUUUGAAUUGGAUUUAAAUUUUCUUCGAGUGUAUAAUUGCAAGUAGUAAUCAUUUUGGUCUAAAUUAAUUUUAACAUUUGUAUCCGGCUUCGCCUGAAAAAUAAUAUUUCGUAAUAAGAAAAAUGUACUUGUAGAUUAAAGAAAUAAACGGAUUAAUAUGACACA